AUGCCUGGUAAGAACAUGCAGGAGCAAGGCAAAGGAAGCGGGAUGCACUCUCGCUCUAAAGCGGAUGACUCUUCGGGAACUGGUAACGGCUCCAUCGGGUUGAUCCUUGUUCUCCGAGACAUGUCCAGCGUCUGUGAAGAUGCAAAGGGGAAUCGAGUGUGGGUGAAACAUGUCGCCAAAGGAUCUCCAGCAGACAAGGAAAGUAAGAUCAAAAUCGGAGAUGAAAUCACAGAAAUCGGCCAAAGUAACCCUAUUCCGGUGAAGAACAAGCAAUAA